AAUGAACUUAAAAUCGAUAUAGGACAGCUUAAUCUAGGCAGUUAUUGAAGAAGGAGUCAAACUCAUGAAAUAAUUAAUAGGUGAAUACUUUAAUGCUACUUGUUAUUCUAUUUCCCAACCUGGAGAAGGAAGUGUUUGGAUCUCAUAUUUAGAUGGCAAUCAUUUCUUAAACAAUGGCCAAGUGCUAAGUAUGUUCUAUCACCCGACAAAAAAACACACUGCAACUACAGUUGGCAAAUUAGGCUAGAAAUAAAGUGUGGCUGGACCAGGAUAAUGGGCAUAUUCAAUUUAAACUAAAGGGGCUUAUGGAAAUAAGGCACAUUACAAUACAUUAUGA